UGGCAUAAUAAUUAGCUUUGCGCGGUCUCUUAUUCCCAAGUAGAGAAAGAAGAAGAAGAAGCAAGAGGGAGUCAGAAGAGAGAGAAACGAAAAUGAAGUAAGUAGCAAUGGCGGACAACGGAGAAACCAGUGACAGCCUUCAAGAGCGUCAAGAGCAGGAGGAGGCCUUGGUCGCUCUCAUCGAGCAUCGUACCCGCGAAGUUCAACAUCUCCAUCACCGCCUCUCCUAUUACCAAUCUCAGCUUGAAGAAGCAGAGAAAAGGUUGCUUGAUUCAGAAACUAAGUUGGCUCGUCUUCGAGGUGCAGUGCCAUCUAAAAAAUAUAUAGAUAAUGGAGAUAAAAGUAUUAAGUUGGAGCGCCGAUCAGUUAGUCCUGUUCAUCAAAAUGAAAGCUCUAGCAAACAACUUCAUUCUAAAUCAAUAGUAGAUAAUGGAAUUAAAAGUGUGAAAGUGGAGCGCAGAUCAUCAAGUCCGGUUCGGAAUAAUGAAAAUUCUUCUAGAAAACAAUUGCAGUCUAAACCAGAACUUUUGAUUCCUGCUGUCACUCCAAAAACUUCCGAGCCUUUAAUGUUAUCAGGCUCUAAAACUUCUCGUAGUUCCGCUGCGCAAGCCAGUUCCUCAGUUUCCAAUCUCUCCAACAGUGCUGUCAAAGCAAGAGGAGACAAAUCUUCUAGAGUAUAUUCCGAACGGGAAACUACAAAAACCCAGGAGAAAGGGACUAAAAGAAAGUUUGAACAGAAGGAACAUAAAGAAUUAAUUCCAUUGGUACGUAAUAGCUCAAAACCAUGCAUUAUACGGUGUGACACUAGCAAUCACAUUUCAAGUCAGCACAAGAGAAAACUGAGAGCUCUUGCUUUAUGUCCAGUUAAUGAUCAGCUUUUUGUGACAAGUGCUUUGGAUGGAACAGUCAAUUUUUGGCAAGUGCAAUCCAGGGGUUCAGGUGCAUCUUUGCUUAGUACUACUGAAUGUGCAUCCCAAAAACAAAGGAGAUGGCCAGAAGAUAUAGCUUGGCACCCAGAUGGAAAUAGUUUAUUUUCUGCGUAUAGUGCGGAUGGUGGGGAUUCUCAGAUAUCUGUGCUAGAUCUGAAUAGAACACAAGGGAGGGCUCGCGUUACAUUCUUGGAUGAUAAGCCUCAUGUGAAGGGUAUUAUCAAUAGUAUAAUUUUCAUGCCAUGGGAAAAUGCUCAGUUUGUCACUGGUGGCAGUGAUCAUGCUGUUAUGCUAUGGAAAGAGAAAGAUGACAAUGUCUGGAAAUCAACGGCAUUGCACAGGAAUUUUCAUUCUUCUGCUGUAAUGGGAGUUGCUGGGAUGCAACAAAAGCAUAUUGUACUAUCUGUUGGGGCAGACAAGAGAAUUAUUGGUUUUGAUGCUAAUGUGGGAAGAGCGGAGUUCAAGCAUCAAAUAGAAAGUAAAUGCAUGAGUGUGUUGCCAAAUCCAUGUGACUUUAAUCUAUUCAUGGUUCAUGCCGGGACUCUGGAGAGGCAGCUUCGUCUGUUUGACAUCAGACUGAGACAAACAGAAAUCCAUGCCUUUGGGUGGAAGCAAGAAAGCAGUGAAUCUCAAUCAGCUCUGAUAAAUCAGUCAUGGUCUCCUGAUGGCUUAUACAUUACAUCUGGCUCUGCAGAUCCCAUGAUUCAUAUCUUUGAUAUUAGGUACAAUGCAAGCAAGCCUUCGCAGUCCAUUAGAGCUCAUCACAAACGGGUAUUCAAAGCUGUUUGGCUUCAAUCCCUUCCACUUCUCGUUUCCAUAUCUUCGGAUCUAAACAUUGGAUUGCAUAAGGUCACGUAGAAUUCAUACGAAAGCCACGCAUCUCGUCUCCAUAACAACAAAUCUCUCUUUUGAUUUUCAUAUCUUUGGAUAGGCAGAGGCUGGCAGAGCCUUCAUGUGUCAAUUUUGCUUGAUAUUCCCCUUUUUGGUUCAUUUUGGGGCUGUGGUUUUUACCUUUUGAGCUAGAGGACGUUGAAUUUCUUACAAAAGAACAUAGAAAUGCUGUCAACUAAUCUGAAAUUAAACAUCAAAGUUGAUAGCAAAAAUUAUGUGAAGUUCGUUAUUUGUACAGAACCAGAAGGCAACUUGAAAUGAAAAAAGGGGUGAGCAAAAAUUUGACUUGCA